AUGAAGAAUUCGUUCAGAACUCUUAUAUCAAUAAUUGUUGUGAUUCUUUGUGCAUAUAUAACCCCACGAGUAGCUUACAAGGCAUUGAACAUCUUGCUGAACCGUACAAUACAUACCAUGACGAGAUUUUCCCACGAGAUAGAAAUAGCAAGCUUGGCGGUACAAAGAGCUUCGAUCUUGACGAAAAAGUUGAGUGAUUCCAUUUCCACCACCCAAAAAUCUGGAACUUUGACAAAGGAGGACAAGUCACCAGUGACGGUGGGCGACUAUGCUGCCCAAGCAAUCAUAAAUUUUGCCAUCAAAAAGAAUUUUCCCAGUGAUGAAAUUGUCGGAGAAGAAGACUCGGAUGGGUUGAAAGAUGAUUCUGCCGAAGCCAAAAAGUUGAGCGAACGUAUUAAGCAGAUCAUUGACGAUGUUCAGUCCGAGACAAAGGAAUUGGACGAAAAAAUUGGCUCGCUUACUCUGUUGGAUUCGAUAUACGAUAGCAUUGAUCUCGGCAAUUCGAAAGGUGGAUCUAGUGGACGAUUCUGGGCUUUGGACCCCAUUGAUGGAACCAAGGGUUUCUUGAGAGGUGACCAGUUUGCCGUGUGUUUGGCUUUGGUAGAAAACGGGGAAGUUGUUCUUGGGGUUAUUGGAUGUCCCAACUUGCCUGCUACUAUCAUCUCCAACUCCAACAUGUCUGGUGAAAAAGGUGGACUUUUCUCUGCUAUCAAAGGACUUGGGUCCUACUAUACCAGCUUGUUCCAGCCACUCAAGCCGCUUGACCAGCAGGAACGUCUUAAGAUGAAGCAAAGUACUUCACCUAGUGAAUUGAAGGUGGCUGAAGGUGUUGAAUCUGGCCAUUCUUCACAUUCAGAACAAUCACAAGUCAAGAAGCUUUUAGGUUUUGAAGAAAGUUCUGUUGAAGCGCAAACUAUCAAUCUUGAUUCUCAGGUCAAGUAUUGUGUUUUGGCGAAGGGCCAGGCUGACAUAUAUUUGCGUUUACCUAUAAGCGACACUUAUCGCGAGAAGAUCUGGGACCACGCAGCUGGAAAUAUAUUGAUCACUGAAAGUGGUGGACAAGUUGGAGACAUCACUGGAAAACAACUUGACUUUGGUCAGGGAAGAUAUUUGAAUUCGCAGGGUGUCAUCGCAGCCAACAAAGCUGUGUUUCCUCAAGUAAUUGCAGCGGUCAAACAAGUAUUGAACAGUGAAAAAUAA